AUGCGGGGAUUACCACAACAGUUCCUGGGGAUCCCCGGUCCCCAGAAGAUUUUCAAGACUCUCGGUUCCUUGUGGCUUGCACAAAGCUCGGAUGAACGGCCGUCUCCAGGGGUCUCGUCCUCAUGCCCUGUGUCCGAAAUCAGCUGUCAGGCGAACUACCACGGUCAAGACACCUGCUGUUUCAACUACCCCGGCGGUCAGAUGCUUCAGACUCAGUUCUGGGAUGCAGACCCCGCUAUUGGCCCUGAUGACGCAUGGACUAUACAUGGGCUAUGGCCCGACCAUUGUGCCGGCGGUUUCGAUCAAUUCUGCGAUUCCAAACGCAAGUACAGCAAUAUCUCGCUCAUUCUGGUUGACUCAGGUCGUGGUGAUCUGUUGGAGUACAUGAGCGAGUAUUGGAAGGAUUUCCGUGGAGACGAUUCCAACCUAUGGCAACACGAGUGGAACAAACACGGCACUUGUGUGAGCACCCUUGAGACACAUUGCUAUGAUGACUACUUGCCACAACAAGAGGUGGUAGACUACUUUGACAAAACUGUGGAGGUUUUCAGGGAAUUGCCCUCACACGAGUUCCUCGCAAAUGCAGGCAUCGUACCGUCCCGAACACAAACUUAUAACCUUGCGGAUAUUGAGAGUGCCCUGGAAAGUGCUCAUGGAAGCCCAGUCACCGUGCGUUGUAGAGGCGGUGCUCUCAAUGAGAUUUGGUACUAUUUCAAUAUUGCGGGAAGUCUGCAGAAGGGGUCAUUCAUUGCUGCGUCUCCAGAUGGCCAGAAAUCCAACUGCCCUUCAAAGGGCAUCAAGUACCCAUUGAAGCGCGCUCGACACGAGCCCACCCAGACGACAACUAUCGGCCACCCGAGUCCUACAAAUCCAGGGACUCCGUUCACUGACAGAGGAAACCUCAUUGUCUCAACCCUGAACCGCAGACACGGCUGUAUCAUCAGCUACGGUACUUGGUUCUCAUCGGGCACUUGUGCAACUUUCCGAGCUGAGAAAACUUCAGAUGAUAAAUUCACCUUGAAAUCCAGCAAGGGGCCCUGUGCAUUCGAACGGGACGCCCUUGCUUGCGGCGCUCAUGUCAAUUCCCCGACCGAUUUCACUGCCAAGGAUGGGAAAUUGACUUACAAAGAUCAGACUACUUUCUUUGCAGACCAGGCACCCAAGGGGCGUACCCAGAGCAAUGUAUAUGCUUCUUCAGGGGGUCGGCCAAUCGAGAUUGAGAUCACUUGGGCAUCGAAAUAA